AUGCAUGCGGUAGACGUGACCGGCCCAGUCCCAUUUGAGCCUCUGCCGUAUUUGAACUUCAAGAUAUUCACAAGAGACGACACUUUGGUCGCCGCCGCCGCCGCCGCCGCCGCCGCCGCCGCCGCCGCCGCCGCCGCCGCCGCCAUGUCGCCGCUCGCCCGCUCCCUGCUCGCGCUCGCCGCGCUGCUCGCCAUCGUCGACGCCAAAUGCAGAACAAAGAUCAUAGGUUAUGUAACGAAAACGGAUACCGGCUGGAAAGUAUACAAUGCUGCUCCUGGAGGAGAUGUCGUUUAUCUUCCUAAGACCUACUACAUAACAGAGACAGUGGGCGAGAAGAUAACCGCCUGCAACAAUGAUCCGAACGCGCCGCCGCCGACAAUAGAGGUGGCGCCGCCGACGCAGUUCACACAAGUGACCGUCGUGUGUUAUGCAGAUGACUGCCCUAAAGGGGCCACUGUUAAUGUGACUAAGUAUAUUGAAGACUAUUUUGUGGUCUGGCCGUAGUUGGAUACGGUUAUAGUUGAUAAUUAUACUAGUA